UAUACACAUGUAGUUUAGGUUUAGAUUAGACCUAUGGUAGACUCUAGGUUUAGAAUUGUGGUUUAGAAUUUAGAAUUUUAGAACAAUUUACAAUAGCAUCAAGAUCAAAUUCCUUCUUUUCUUUUAACAAAUUUAAUAGUUAAAAGUAUGUUAUCUCGCCUUGUUUCUCGAAGAUUUUUUACCCAAACUAUUCCAUCCUAUAGGCAUCUUACGGUCAGUGCUCCAAUAUAUCAAAUAAAAGCUGAUGUUGAUGCCGAUGCGCCCAAAAUUGAGGUUAGAGAAAUUAGCAAAGACAGAACUGAAUCGAUUAGUGUAGAGACUAGUGUACGAUAUUUGAAAAGUACUGCAUACGAACAGACCUAUGGAAAAGAGCCUGUGUGGCAUCGUUAUAGAAGAAAUCACAAAGGAUUAUUUCCUCCUAAAAAAACCAGGAAGAGUUGUAUAAGAGGGGGUCAAGUUGCUACAGGAAACCCAUGUCCUAUUUGUCGUGAUGAAUAUUUAGUGCUGCACGAACAAAAUCUUGAAUUAUUAGAACAGUUCAUAUCUCCACACACAGGCGGUAUUUUAAGCUAUAACAAGACAGGACUGUGUCAGAAGAAACAUCAACAAUUAGAAAUCUGUGUUAGGCGAGCAUAUGACAAAGGGCUGCUAACGUUUGAUGUGCCCUUUAGAGAAUACGAUUAUUCUGAAUAUUAUUCAAAGAAGAAAUAAUGUUAGCUGAUUUUGUAAUUGUAGGGGGAGGUAUAGCUGGUGUUUCUUGUACUGAAACAUUAGCUUUUCUCGCACCUGAAAAAUCUAUAAUACUUUUAAGUGAUUCAGCGUUGAUUAAAACAGUUACUAAUUUGCAAGCUAUAACAAAAACUCUAUGCCAGUUUGAUGUUGAAGAACAGUCGAGUGAUUAUCUUACUCAAAAGUAUAAAAAUGUCACUGUUAUUCAUGAUGUUCUGAAGGAAAUCCAGGAUGAAAGUAAUUAUAUAAAAACCGGAAAAGGAAAAGAAAUACAUUAUAAAUCUUUAUGUUUAUGCAUGGG